AUGCUUGCUAAGCAUGGAGGUGCUGUUGAUCUGACUAAAUACGACCUAGAAACCCCUGAGAAGUUGAGGGAAAGCUUAAGGAUUGUACUUAGCGACACAAGCUACUCCAAAAACGCUAAACGUCUUGCUGAGAUGUUACGUAAGCAGCCCAUAAGCCCGAAGGAGCUUUUCUUGCGACACGCUGAAUAUGCAGCAAGAUUUGGUCGCCUACCUAACUUGGAUCCAUACGGAAGGCAACUCUCGUUUAUACAAUAUUACCUUAUUGAUAUCGCAUUAGUCGUCAUCUCAAUAAUUACUACUGUACUAUAUGUAAUAACCAAAUUAGUUUCAAAAUGCUUUACUGUAGUAAAAGUUAAAAAAGAUUGA